UAUUGUCUAGGCUCUAAAGGUAAAUAGGCAAAGGAAAACAUAUAUAAGUUGACUGUGAUUCCAACUAGUCACUCUUGUGGUCAAAUACAUUUUUUUUAGUAGUGUAACACCCCACCGGUCUCCAGGUCUGUAACUUAUAAUUAUUUAGCAAAAUGAAGUGUGGUAUCCUGCUCCUGCUUCUAUUUGUGAUCGCGACAGCGUCGGCCAUGAUAUCCUUGGUAGAUUUAUUCAAAAAGGAGUGGGAAAGUUUCAAGCUAACGCACAAUAAGAUUUACAAGUCAGUGGCAGAAGAAAUGCGUCGCAUGGAAAUAUACGCUCUGAAUAAAUACAAUAUAGUCCAACACAACGAGCUCUUUGAACAAGGACAGGUUUCCUUUAAGCUUAAAGUGAACAAAUACUCCGACAUGGACCAUGAAGAAUUUAGCAAUAUCAUGAAUGGUCUCAUCUACCAUGCUGACGACAAUUCCACAAGUUACGGUUCACGUGUUACAAGAGCGGCCACGAACCUUCCCGAUCAGGUUGACUGGCGUGUGAAGGGAGCAGUGACGGCCGUCAAGGACCAAGGAAGUUGCGGAUCCUGCUGGGCCUUCAGUACCACGGGCGCUCUCGAAGGCCAGGUUUACAUCAAACACAACCGCUUGACAUCCCUAUCGGAGCAAAACUUGGUCGACUGUGCGGGCAAUUAUGGAUGCCAUGGCUGCCAGGGCGGUUGGAUGAACAGCGCCUUCUCGUUCGUUAAGGAUAAUGGCGGGAUUGACACUGAGGAUUCAUAUCCCUACCAAGCGAAGAAUGACCAAUGCAGGUAUGAUGCCAAAAACUCAGGCGCUACUAACAAUGGAUACAAGACGAUCCCAAACGAUGAAGACAAACUAAAGGAGGCAGUAGCAAACAUUGGACCUAUGGCAGUAGCCAUAGACGCGGGCCACGCAUUCCAGCACUAUGCAGAUGGAGUUUACUAUGAAAAGGAUUGCUCUUCUUCUAAACUCAAUCAUGGGGUCCUGGUCGUUGGCUACGGCACGGACACAAACGGAGGUGACUAUUGGCUCGUGAAGAACUCCUGGAGUAAGGGAUGGGGUAGGGAUGGCUACAUCAAGAUGGCGCGCAACCGUAAUAACAACUGUGGCAUCGCUAGUGCCUAG